AGGGCUGUCAGUACUUGGUCAGUUGGGUCCUUCGACCGUGCUCUCCGGUGCUAUGGCCGCCCCACCGCAGCUACGGGCUCUUCUCCAGGCUGUCAACAAGCUGCUGCGCCAGCGCCGUUACCACGCUGCGCUGGCCGUGAUAAAGGGCUUCCGGAACGGGGCUGUCUACGGAGUCAAAAUCCGGGCACCUCAUGCACUGGUGAUGACCUUUCUCUUCAGGAGUGGCAGUCUCCGAGAGAAGCUGCAGGCCAUUCUGAAAGCCACAUACACCCACUCUCGGAACCUAGCCUGCUUUGUGUUCGCCUAUAAGAGUCUCCAUGCCCUGCAGUCCCACGUGCAAGGCGAGAGCCAUCAGAUACACUCUUUCCUGGCUGCCUUCAUCGGGGGGCUCCUGCUGUUUGGAGAGAACAACAACAUCAAUAGCCAGAUCAACAUGUACCUGACAUCACGUGUCCUCUUUGCCUUGUGCCGCCUGGGUGUGGAGAAGGGCUACAUCCCUGCGCUCAAGUGGGACCCGUUCCCCUUGCACACUGCAGUGAUUUGGGGGCUUGUGCUGUGGCUCUUUGAGUAUCACCGGCCCACUCUGCAGCCUUCACUGCAGUCCUCCAUGACCUACCUCUACGAGGACAGCAACGUGUGGCAUGACCUCUCAGACUUCCUCAUCUUCAACAAGAGCCGCCCCUCCAAGUAACACGGUCCAAGGUGCUUCAGGAACUCCUCCGCCCAGACAGCCUCCAGGCAGGGUCCCGCUGCUGCUCAGGGUACCCUCAUGGAGGAUCCUGCCUUCUCAAAGUCAUGGACCUCACACUCCAACUUGUAUUAUCCCAGGCUCCCAUUUGCAGAAGUAAAGGUACUGAGUUUUUACACCUACCAGGUACUCUUGACUACUGUAGCAAGUGGCUGGAUCCUGUUAAGGAGUCUGUGGCUUGAUUCCAGAUGCUCUUCCGACUUCUGUAAGGCCAGGACAAGUUCACCCCUCUCUCUCUGGUCAUUCAGUUCAGUGGAGGACCCUUAGAGGAGAGUGUCUUCUUGGUGAAUAUGAUAGCCUGCCUUUCUACUGUGUAUCAGAGGGCUCCUUGCUAGUGGGCAAUAGGUUAUAAAUACUUUGAAAGAAAAAAAAAACCCUAAAUUCAUUGUCUAAGUUCUUCUAUUGAGAAGUUCUGGAGCCCCACUGUCCAAUAGGAACACUACAUGAGCCAUAUGUACAAUUAAGGCUUUUCAGGAGCUCAGAGGCACAGCACGGGCCAAGCCCUGGAUCUUAUCACCAGCACUGAGAAGGCUGUGGCAGUAAGGUUGUGAGCUCGAGGCCAGGCUGGGAUACAUUAAAAAAAAGACUGUCUCAAAAAAAAAAAAAAAAAAAAAAA